AUGAAAGUUUCAUUAUAAGAUUUCGGUUUUCAUUAACCAAAUGCACCAGAAAUCAAUACGCCGAGAUCCCUUGAGGCUUGUCGAAGGGAAGGAAUUUAACCUAAUGAAAUUGUCAAGAUUCCAUUUGAAGAGUUUCAAAAGAGAUAUAAAAUGAAAAACUUAGAUCAUAAGGGAGUAGAACAAUUUUACAAGCAUUACGAAGAAAGAAGAGAAAAGAAAUUUGAAGAACUUAUCAAAUAGAGACAUAUUGUGCUUGAAGAUGAAAAAACUGGGACAUGGGGUUCUGAUGGGUUGUCUAAGAGUAAAGUGAUAUCAAAAUAUGGUUAAUAAGAAACGUCCUCAUUGGUUGAGAAGGAAAAGCAAUAAUUAGAGAAAAUUAAAAAGAAGUAGUAGAAAGAAAUUGAGGGAAUGCUUGAAUAUGAAUUGAAAAUGCAAGAAAUACGCUUAGAGAAUGAAAAGAAGCAAGCUGAUGAAAUUGCCAAAUAAUAAUAAAGGGAUCUUGAGUUAUAAAAGAAGAGAGCCGAGUAGGAAGAAUAAAGAAGGCAAAAGGAGUUAGAGAAAUAAUAAAAAAGAGAGUAGGAGGAAGAGUUACAAAGGUAAAAAUUAAAGGAAAUGGAAGUGAAGGAAAAAGAACGAUUGAAAUUAGAAGAACUGAAAUAAAAAGAAAGAGAAGAGGAGGCAAAGAAAAAAGAUGAAGAACGAAAGGCUAUUUAAGAAAAAUUAAGAAAAUAAAAUGAGGAGAAUUAAAAAAUCUAAUAAGAAUUGUUAGAAAAAAGAAAAUAGGAUAUGGAACUCAAAGCAGAAUAAAGAAGAAAGGCGUUAGAAGAAUAAAAAUAAAAAAAAAAAUAAGAAGCAGAAUAAAUCAGAUUAUAAAAUGAAGAAAGAAUCUAAUAAGCCAAGCAAAGAAAUGAAACUGAACUCUAAAAAUUAAAAGAUGACUUUGAUAGAAAAAUAAAAUUAAGUGAAAUCAAAUAAAAACAAUAUGAAGAAGAAAAAUAAAAGAAGUAUGAACAGUAAAGAAAAGAGGCAGAAAAACAUUCUGAAUUAUUUUAAAAGGUUAUUGAAUAAAAUAAUCUUAUGGAAUAAGAAAAGAAGAAUCAAUAUUUAAAGAAAAUACAAGAAGCAGAAGAAAGAAGAAAAUAUAUUGAGGAAGAAUUAGAAAAAGAAAAAGAAUUGAAAAGAUAACAAGAAAAAGAAAAAGAAUAAUAAAGAAAAUAAGUUCUUUUAUAAAAUGAAGAAAAUAACAAAUAAAAAAUAGGGGAUUUAGUUAAGAAGAUAAAUGAAAAAGAGGAGAUACUAAACAAAAUUUAAGAGGAAAGGAAUGAAUAACUUCAAGAUAGAAAAACUAUGGAUAUAUUGAAAAGGUUUGAUAAAAGAGAGAAUGUAGAAAGAAUUAUGAGAAAAUAGGAGUAUGAUAAAUAAAAAUUAUAAGAAAAAAUUGUUGAAAAAAUGUAAAGAGCAGACAAGUUAUCAGAAGAUCUUGAUUAAUUGUUGUCUUAAAGACAUAAUUUAAGAAGAGAAAUUGAAAAAUAAAAAAGGGAAGUUAUGAUGAAAUUUGAAAAAGUUAGAGAAGGCAAGCUUCCUCCAACUGAAAUUUAAAAAUAAUUAGGUAUGACUGAAACAGAUGCAAAACUUACUAAUUAAACUAAUCCCUAUCGUACUUUUUCAUCCACUAGACCUAAAACUAAUUAAGCUAAAGAAAGACCUGAUAAAUUACAAUCUGUUAGACCAGCUAAGAUAUAAUCUGCUAAGCCUGAACCAAUCAAAGUAAAAGACAAAGUCGAUCUUAAAACAACAUAGCCUAUUUUUGAGUAGUUGGCCAAUAAAACUACGCCUAAAUUCCAUAAGAAAAUGGAUGCAAAGAAGAAAUCUGAACCCAGUAGACCAGAACCCCCUAGUCCUUAAAUUCUCAUAUUCCUAAAUAAAAUGGUUUAAAAACAUAAUUAAGAUAUGAUGAGGUUAUUAAUGGAAGAACAUGCAAAUGAAAAUUUAAGAGAUGAAAAGUUAAAUUAAGUUAAAGGUGAAGAGAAGGCCAAGCUUGAAAAAGAAUAUGCUUUGGAAAGAGUUAAAGCUUAACUCAAAAUUGAAAAGUUAAAAUAAACAUAGGAUUCAGAGCAAAAUUAAUACAAACUCACCCAUAACAUUUUUGAAAUUGAUAUUAUUAGAUGA